UAGACCAAUGUUAGAAAAAUAAAACUUAGUUUUAGAUCUCUUCUAACAAUUGAGAAGGGAAAAUAGAAAUUGGUGGCAUGGCUGAUGAUAGACAAGAUAGCGAUACCCGCUUUAAUGCGAAGAUAACAUCUGCAGUUAUCAUCACUAGCAUUGUUGCUGCAUCAGGUGGCCUCAUUUUCGGAUUUGAUAUUGGAAUUUCAGGUGGAGUGACGACAAUGAGGCCAUUCCUUGAAAAAUUCUUCCCAUCAAUACUGAAGAAGGCAGCAUCUGGUGGUGCUGAAACAAAUGUGUAUUGUGUAUUCGACAGUGAACUUUUAACAGCGUUCACGUCAUCACUCUACAUUGCUGGCUUGGUUGCAUCUCUUGCAGCUGGUCGCCUCACGACAGCCAUAGGACGAAGAAACAUAAUGGUAGUAGGAGGCUGCACUUUCUUUGCUGGUGCACUCAUCAAUGGUGCAUCUCAAAAUAUUUUUAUGCUCAUUUUGGGUCGCAUUUUAUUAGGCUUUGGUGUCGGCUUUACUAACCAGGCUACUCCCGUAUACCUGUCAGAAAUGGCACCGUCAAAAUGGCGUGGUGCAUUCAGCACAGGCUUCCAAUUCUUCAUAUGUGUUGGCAUUCUUAUUGCAAAUUGCAUAAACUAUGCCACCUCUAAGCUUAGCUGGGGAUGGCGCCUUUCCCUCGGCCUGGCCAUAGUCCCAGCCGUGACAAUGACCAUAGGUGCACUUUCCAUAUCCGACACACCUAGCAGCCUAGUUGAGCGAGGGAAAGUAGAGCAGGCAAAGCAAUCUCUAGCAAAAGUUCGAGGAACCAACAACAACACUGAAAUUGAAGCAGAGUUAGCUGAUCUUAUUAGGUCUUGUGAAAUUGCAAGAGCUUCAAAGGAAGAGCCUUUUGUGACGAUCUUUAGGAAACAACAUCGACCUCAUUUGGUCAUGUCCAUUGCCAUACCAUUUUUCCAGCAAAUGAGUGGGAUUAAUAUCAUUGCAUUCUAUGCACCUGUCCUUUUUCGAUCAGUGGGUUUAGGAAAUAACGCAGCUCUACUUGGUGCUAUUAUUCUUGCACUAGUAAACGUUGGUGCUAUCCUUGUAUCUACUUGUAUUGUUGAUCGAUUUGGACGGAGAUUUCUCUUCAUACAAGGCGGAGUACAAAUGCUCGUCUGCCAGGUAGCAAUUGCUUGUACACUUGCAGCUUCUAUAGGCGAAAACGGAAGAAAACACAUUAGCAAACAAUAUGCUGCCUUAAUACUAGCCCUGAUGUGCAUCUAUGCUGCUGGUUUUGGUUGGUCAUGGAGUCCUCUAAAUUGGCUUAUUCCAAGUGAAAUAUUUCCAAUGAACAUUCGAUCAACGGGGCAGAGCAUAAGUGUGGCAGUGAACUUUGCUACCACGUUCGUGUUGUCUCAAUUUUUCUUAGCCAUGCUCUGUCACUUCAAGUAUGGUGUUUUCUUGUUCUUUUCUGGUUGGAUCUUUGUUAUGACCAUGUUUAUUGUGAUGUUCAUGCCUGAGACCAAAGGCGUCGACUUAAAUUCGAUGCAUCAAGUGUGGGAGCAGCACUGGUUUUGGGGUAGAUAUGUUAAGAGAUCAGUCCUAGUGCCACAGCAAAGAAGUUGAAUUGAUUAUACCAAAUGUUUGUAUGUGUGUAUUACUGCAGUUGCUUUUGUAAGUUUAAAAAAACAGAGGAAUUUUAACAUAAUGGGAUCAGUACUGGGUAAUAGAAGUUUAUAGAUAGUACUUUGUUAGUGACGAGUAAAUGUGUAUCAAUUUGUUUAUCUGAUUUUAAUUUGACACACUUAGAAGAAAUGAAUGUCAACUAAAAUUUUCAAGCUAGGUUUAUGUAUA